CGGGGCCGGUGGAGCGUGCAAAAUUUUCAAAAAAAUUUUUACUUAUCCGAAAAACGUUUAGUGUUUUUUUUUUACAAGUGCCAGAAUGACUUUAGUGCGAAAACAAAUAAAGUGAAUUCGGUAUCCAGCCUGAAACAAAAUGAAAUUAAUAAUAAACAAGUUAGAUUAUUUAAUUAGAAAAUUACUUGAGACAUAUAGAUAAGACAAGCCAACGAGUAAAAUUGUCAAAUUCAAUAUAACUGAAGCAGAAACUACUAGGUGACUGAAGGAAACUGAAAAAUUUUGAAGGAAAACCCACGCGAUCCAGAGAAGAAAAUUGUUGCCAAAAAAUUAUUCACAUUUUAUUUUAUCCAAUUGUUUGUUACCGACCGGCAUAUUAAGUUGUACCCAAGAUUGAGCGGACCUUAUGCAAAAAUUAUUUUCAUUCGUUGCACCUCUGCCAAAAAUGUUGUAGGUUUUUCAAUAAAAAUUGCAUAAAUGAGUGCCCAGAUAUCAUGAACUAGAAACUAUUUAAAAACACUCAGUGACAUUAUGGCAGACAAAGCGGGUGCGAAAAGAAAAAGUUUCGGUCGUAGUGCUUCUACGGAAAGUACCGAGUAUUCUUUAAGUAUGGGUCGUUCGAUAAGAAAAAAGAAACCGAAAGAAAGAUGGCUUCUGACAAGAAAAACUUGGAAAUAUAUGGCCGACGCUGGAAGAAAACUUAUACCGGAUGGCGCAAAAAACUGUCCAGAAGACAUACCCAAAAUCGAAGAACAUUUUCAAGAACUCUGCAGGAAAGAACCUAAAUUUCUGUUGUGGCGAAAAAACUCCUAUCCUGGCGCGAUAAGUUUUAGAAAAAAGCGCAAACAUGCAUCUCGUAAAGGGGGCAGCUGCAGGAAAGCAAUGUCAGAGGGUGACGUUGACAUAUUCAAACCAGAACGCCCUAAGGAUCUCAUAUUGGAACCAAAAACCCAAGGAAAAUUUGACUUAAAAAAAAUGCGCGAAGAUUUUCUGAAUAGCCCUUCAACAUCAUCACCUACAAGUCAGGAAGAACAACUAGUAAGCAUGCUCGAAAAAUAUUUAACACUAGCAAACAACCCUGAGGCACUCAAAACAACAUCAGGUGAUUUUAAUUAUCAAGAAUUAGUGUCCAAAUUGCAAACUCAUUUGAAUUCAUUGAAUUUAAACCGCACUAGUUCCAAUUAUCAACCUAGAUCACCAUAUACCAGCCAUCAAUCUUUUCAACAUCAAGAACAGCCUCACCAUGUUAAUUUUCAAGGCGAUCACGUGCAAAGAAGCUUAUCUGACACCUUAUCCAGAUAUUUCAGUCAUCAUACUAACAGAGACAAAAUAAUUAGUGACCUUUUGACUGAUAGAAAAGCUUUGGAGAUGUUGUAUUUCGAUUUGAGGAAGGCUAGAGGGUUUAGAGGUAGUAGAGGAGGCACUGGAUAUUCUACUAGUGGUUAUAAUAUUCAUAGAUUGUAUAAUAAUAAUGACUUUGAGAAGAGAUACGGUGAUGCAUCAAGACGUCCACCUCCUUUAAUUGAAGUUGAAAGUGAAACAAUCGAAAUUACCUAUAGAAAUUGGGGCACCCAAACUCUACCCGUUCCAGAAAACGUUCUACAUGAAUGCGAAAGUGAGUUCAAAAAAAAGAAGGCAGAAGAAGAGGAAGAAAAUAGGGAUAAAGAACGCGACAGACGUUAUAGACGUAGAUCGAGCGUAGACAACGAUGAUGUGUCACAAAGCGUAUCAGACACAAUCAAAAGAUACUUGAGGAUGGCCAGGAAAAAGAGUGUCGACUCAGAAAAAGCUGUCGGCUUCAAACGAAUCAACUAUGAUAAAAAUCUACGUAAUAUUAAGGCUAAAGGUGAAAUAACUAAACCAGGUGACGAUGAUGGACUUAAUAAAGGCUGUCAAACCAAUGAAGAAUGGAUUCUGACUUAUAGAGACUUAAAAAUGGCGGAAAUAAAUGAAUUUUCAGAUGAUAGUAGACUUUCAAGUGCUAGAAGCAGCAUCGAUAUCGGUGUAAUAUUAGAGGAAGGUGUUGUUAAGAGUGGUCCAGCUACCCCUAAAAGUGGUGAAAAACAUGGAUUUUUGAGUCACCUUUUGCAUGGAGGCAAAGAUAAAGCAGUUACAGCCACAGCCAUGCAGAAAAGUAAAUCAUCUUCGAGUGUUAUGCAGCAGGGCAGUUUAGUGGCAAAGAAGAUUUUCAGGUCGAGAUCGAAAAGUCAAACCAGACCUGCGCAAACGCCUUGCAGUUGGACUAAUAGGGGUAGUUGCGUUUGGAACAGCGUGACCGGACGACAAGUGAUACUUCAAGAUACAAAUUUGUUGCAUUUAACCGAAGUCGAGAGGAAAAUUUUGCAGAAAGUAGCCAUUGCGAAGCUGCAAGCCCUAAAUUUGGGCGUUUCAGUUAAAGUUCCUAUAGAAAAUAUUGGUGCGGUUCCUACAAAGAAACGAAGAUAUAUCUACCUGAAGAAAAAAGCCUUGACUACUGGAAUAUUUGAUGGCAGUAGGAAGGAUAGUGAUAAAGAUGGCAGCUCAAACGGCGGCCUAGUAUUCGGCAUUCCGUUGACACAGUGUGUCGAAAAUGACAGAUUAAGAAGUGGAGCUCGGUCAGAUAUAGCGAGUUCGCCUGAAGAAAGGGUUAAUAUGGCCAGGCACGGUUCCAGAACCAGCUUCAGUUCCCUCAUUGAUUCGCCUAGAGGAGACGAGACUGGUUCCUGUGAAAGCCUUAUGGGUCGCGAACGGAUAGUAGGUUCCGUGCCGGGCCUUCUGGAUCGAUUGUCUUGUUCCUCAGCCGCUGAUAUACCGGGUACGUUGAACGAUGAGGACGCCGGGGCAGUUCCGAAUAUCCUAAACGAAUGCUUUAGGCAUUUGGAGCACCACGGACUGCAUACUUUUGGUAUAUUCAGGGUUAGUGCCUCAAAAAAACGACUAAGACAGUUGCGAGAAGACUUUGAUUGUGGCAAAGAAACUUCCAUAGACGACAAUCAAUGUCCUCAUGACGUGGCAAGUUUACUUAAAGAAUAUUUGAGAGAUUUACCAGAUCCACUUUUAUGUCGAGACUUGUAUCAUGCUUUUAUUCAAACGCAAAGGAUUCGUAACAGAAGAUUGCAGUUUGAAGCAUUACAACACUUGGUGCAACUAUUGCCACCUGCAAAUCGUGACACCUUGUAUUCGUUGCUUAGUUUUCUAGCCAACGUUGCUAAAAAUGCUAACGACAGCAAAAACGCUUUAGGUGAAGAUUUAGCGGGCAACAAAAUGGAUACUAAUAAUUUGGCCACUGUGAUUGCACCCAAUAUUCUUCAUUGCAUUAAGCCUGGCUCUAAAGACCUUCAAGAUCGUUCUGAAGAUCGUCUAGACGUUAUCAAUGUCGUUAGAACCCUUAUAGAUCACUACAAAGAUAUUUUUGCUGUUUCUGCUGAAUUGCUGGACGAAAUUUACUUGAACAUGGUCGAUUCGUAUCCCGAGGCUUUGGAACAACUUUUAAAUAAAAAUGAUGCCAUUGCUGGAGCAGAUGAAUCCGUAGAAGAGUUAGAUUCAGAAUCAAACUCAGCUCCAUGGACACCAACGCACCCAACAUCGGAACUAUCAACAGCUUACGCUUUCGAUAUCGGAAUAAUGCAGCAAAACGAACCGAAAAAGACGUACUCCAGAGAGGAAUGUUUACACGAAAGCGCUGCCACUGGUGGACCGAACAUCGGCAUGAGGGUGAGACACAAGGACAAAAUCCGCGAGCGUAGUUUGAGAAGGAAACGCGAAAAAUACGAAGACGGGCUCUUGUCCAGGAUAAGGGGCGCGCAAAAGAAUGACGAAGACUUUUUUAAAGCACGGUCUUCUUCGCUGGAAAGUUCCGGUUCGGCACAGGGCGAAGAUGUCACCAAGAUGCUAAGAAUGUCCGAUGCGGAGCUUCACCAAAGACGUAAAUCGAGUCCGUAUAUUUUGGAUAGUAGCGGCGUGCUGACUGCUAGUUUGACUAUACCUGUUCAAACUGGAAUAUCAUAUAAUAUUGAUGACGACAUUCCUUAUAUAGAAGACGUAGAAAACGGUAGACAACACAUGACAAUAGGAUUAGUUAAAGCGCCUGCGGUGCCACAAAGACGUCGAAACACUUCAGUCGGUAGCGACUCAUCGAUCGCAUCAAACAUCCAACCAGUAACUGGAUCACUAUCUUUAGGACAAGGCUACGAUUCUGCAGUAGGCUCAUCAGCGCCAACCACUUAUUCAUCUCAAAACACCCCGACUUCGGUAACAUCCAGCCUGGCCGAUCACAGUCACUUUUCGUCACCUCCCAGUUGGACUAGCAGCCCUCCAACGUCACCAACGUCCCCAGAUAGCGUGCUGACUUCGAUAAACUAUAUACCAGACGAUGUUAAUAUACUUAAACCAGCCCCUAAAGAUCGCAGUAUGUUGAGAGAAGGCCCCACAAUACAAAAAGUAUCGUUCGCUCAAGGCCCAAGUCCACAAACCAUACAAAAAGUUCGAGAUUAUAAAGCUCUAUAUGGAGCUGACAUUAGUAAAAGUGCCACUGUGGCUUCGUUCGCUGAAAGAGAGCCAAGAUUCACACCAAGCAUCACGAGCAUCGGCAAUGCCGUCCUUAAAUCGAAAACGGCCGAUUUUGAAAGGAUAAUCAAAGUCGAUUCUAAGCCUAAAAUGGUGCAACCGACGACUCAAACUGGGACAAUAACUUCAACUACAGUAACCAUGACAGAUAAGGAUAAGAAGAAAUAUACAAAGAGGCGCUAUACUGAUUCUAGGCAUCCAACUAGGCAUAUUCCUGACUCUGAAAGCUUGGACAGUUCUGUCAAAAUCGAGCCUAGUGUGCCUAAUGUACCAGCGCCUGGACCCGUAUAUAAGAGGAGAGAACUAAUUUCUAGUGUACCUACUAAAUAGAUGUAGCUGGUUAGUUUGUGUAAGAAUAAUAUGUAUAUUUUUCUAAAUAAUUGAUUUUUGACAUUUUUACGUUAUAAAUAUGUUAAAAAUUAUAUGUCGAAACAUCUCUAGUCAGAACUUUAUUUAUUAUUAUUUGUUGUUUAUAUGUUAAGCUAUAAUAAUUUUAUUUUGUAAGAGAAAAUUAUAGAGCGUUUUUGUUGAUGUCAUAAAGUUGUGUAUAUAUUUCCAUAGCUU